CAGUUCUAGCUGCGAUCGUUUCUCCGUGGUUUAUUGACUGUCAGUCAUUAAUUUUAAAUUAAAUGGCGCUAUAUUCUGAAUAAGAGAACACUAUCAGAGUGUAUCAGUGUAAAACAAACAUCAACAUGGAGUCAGAAAACGGAGUUACGGAGUGAGACGAGCAGAGAAGAACCUGGAAGCUAACGGCCGACUGUAACCGAGCAGCGGAAACAUGGAGGAGCUCAAUCCGCCGUCAGCUAGCUCUGCAGGUGAAAAUGCGACGAUGGGGGACAAUCUUAAGGUGUUCAAAGACUGCUGCAGUCCACUGAGCAAAGAUUUCCAGCCACUGUUGGUGAAAGAUGAAGAAGUUCUCCCUAAGCAGCAAGAGAUGAACUCCAGUCUGAACCAGGAGGAACCACCAGAAUCAGCGCACAUUAAAGAGGAACAGGAGGAACUGUGGAUCAAUCAGGAGAGAGAACAGCUUCACGGAACAGAGGAGGCUGAUAUAAAUGUGUUCACAUUCACUCCUGUUCCUGUGAAGAGUGAGGAAGAGGUUGGAGAGAAAGCUCAGUCCUCACACCUUCAUGAAAACCAAAGUGGAGAGAACAGAGACUCAGAGAAUUUGAAAACAGAAUCUGAUGGAGAGGAAUGUGGAGGAUCAGAAGCAGGCAGAGACUUGAAUCCAAUUAGUCAUGAUGACACCUCACAAUAUUCUGGAUCUGAGACUGAUGACAGUGCUGACUGGGAGGAAUGUGACGAACCUCAGGAAGGUUUAAACCAACUACAAAAUAGAAAAGGAGCUGUAAAUGAUAUGAAAUGUAACACUGGAAACGCAACAGUUAGUGAUCAGAAGCUAAUCAGUUGUUCAGUUUGUGGUAAAAGAUACAGGGGUAAGAAAAGUUUAAAAGCCCACAUGUUGCAUCACUCAGGUGAAGAUCGUUUCAGUUGCUCAGUUUGCCAGAGAAACUUUAUCUGGAGAAAAGAUCUGGUGGUGCACAUGAGAGUCCACACAGGAGAGAAACCAUUUAGCUGUUCAGUUUGUGGUAAAAGUUUUUCACGUCAUGAAGUUCUGAACAGACACUCUGUUGUCCACUCAGGGGAGAAACCAUUUAGUUGUUCAGUUUGUGGCAAACGCUUUUAUGAUCAUGGAAAUCUAAAAGAACACUCAGUCGUCCACACAGGAGAGAAACCAUUUAGUUGUUCAGUUUGUGGUAAACGUUUUGCUCAAAGAGGAAAUUUGAGAAGACACUCCAUUAUUCACACAGGGGAGAAACCAUUUAGUUGUUCAGUUUGUGGUAAAUGUUUUUCUAGUCAUGGAGGUAUGACAAGACACUCUGUUGUCCACACAGGGAAGAAACCAUUUAGUUGUUCAGUCUGUGGUAAAAGUUUUUCUCAACAUGGACAUCUGAGGGAGCAUUUUAUUGUCCACUCAGGGGAGAAACCAUUUAGUUGUUCAGUCUGUGGUAAAAGUUUUUCUCGACAUGAAAAUCUUAGAACACACUCUUUUGUCCACACAGAAAAUAAGCCAUUUAGUUGUUCAGUUUGUGGUAAAGGUUUUUCUCAAUCUGAUCAUCUGAAGACACAUUCAUUGGUCCACACAGUGGAGAAGCUAUUUAACUGCUCAGUCUGUGGUAAAGGUUUUUCACAACACAAAGGGUUGAGAAGACAUUCUUUUGUCCACUCAGGGGAGAAACCAUUUAGUUGUUCAGUUUGUGGUAAAAGUUUUUCUCAAGCUGCACAUCUGAGGACACAUUCUGUGGUCCACACAGGAGAGAAACCAUUUAGUUGUUCAGUUUGUGGCGUAAGUUUUUCCCAGCAGGGAAGUCUGAGAAGGCAUUUUUUUCUCCACAGGGAAGCUGUCUAGUUGUUAAGUUUGUUAAAGAACAUUCUCUCAACUUCAUCAUGUUGAAAAAAAUGUGUGUCAGCAAGAGCAGCAAAAUUUUAUUAAGAUCACAGGAUAAUCAUUUUUAGACCUGGACUAUUUAAGAUACAGGGGAAAUGUCUCAGAUUUUGUUUUAAAAUGUGAUUUUAAAACUAAAUUACUCGAUGAUUUACUCAGAUCACAGUUUUCUGGAGUUGAUGGGCUCUCUGAGUGUUUAACCAGUCUUUUAUGUGUUAAAUGUUUUAUUUAUGAAUGGUUAAACUGGUGAGCAGAGUUGCCUUUGAAUUUGCUCAGUCUUCAUACAAUAUUCUGAUAUUUAAUAAUUGUCAAUAUAGAGUUGUUGAUAGCUGUAAUAUUUCUUCAAUGUGAUGUUAAUUUUGGUAAAACAAUAAACCUCUGGUUGUAGAGCAACCUUAGCUCUUGUUUUUGGUUUUGCUCAACCUUUCUAGUAACAUAAAACUCUGUAAUGUCAAAAACAUGACCUGACUAAAAUCAACGUAAUGGAUGUAAAAAUAGAGGCAUAAACAACUUGU